AUGGCGCUAGUGGUGCAAGCAACCAGCAUGAACGUGUCUAGUACAUGUAGUACUGUGUCUACUGGGAGUGACGAAGAGGAUCAAGACCUGCUGAGCUUGAAGACAAGGCAGCAUGUGCUCUUGACGGAUGCUACGACUACUAGUAGUACUUCUACUGGUAGUGGCAAGAAGAGACCGCUGUCGAACAGCACUACUAGUAGUGUGUCCAGUAGUGUUUCCACUGAAGACGAAGAAGUCGACGAUGGCGAUGACCUCAAGAGCCCCACCAAGAAACAGCGCACACUCGUGACUAAGACAGUCCAGUUUAUCCCAGAUCCCGCCGAUGAGUCCCGAGUGCGCACGACCUCGAAGGAGUUUGAGAUCGACUACGACCGCACCGACAUUUGGUGGACCAACGAGGAAAGUCGAGCUCACAUGGAACGCCAAACGAGCUUGCUCAAGUUGUAUGCCAACACGUGUGCCGAUCUAGUGGACUCGGUUCUCCUCGUGUGGGUCAAUUGUGCCGAAGAAGUCAUGGACGACGGAAACUUUUGCAUGACCAAGGAACAACGAGCCCAGGUCGCCGAACGUGUGGCAGAGUCGCCCGUACGAGGAUUCGAAAAGGAACUCGCCACGGAUCUCAUUACCGAGCAACGCAUCAAGACCAUUGGGGGUAUUCUAGAGCUUCAGCAGCUGUGUUACCUCAACAAUGUCACGCCAGAAGAACGCGUCGAUGCGUUGGCAGCUGCUUCUCGAGAGUUCUCCAAGACUGCCACGCUAUUUGCCAAAACACUCGCACAGGCCGAUGCAAAAGGGGCAAGAGACAAUUGUUGUACCGAAAACGAAACGUAG